AUGAGUAGAUGGAUCGAAAUGGAAAUAAGAUUUCAAAAGAAGCAAACAAUUGAUAAAAGUAUGCAGGAACAAAUCAAUAAGGAUAUAGAACAUUGGAAACAAUUUGAUCUUGUAAUGCAAGAGCAUAUUCGUCAAAUUCAAAAUAAAGAAAUUCAUUAUCAUUAUCUUGGACACAAAAUUCAGAAUGAGUUGAUACUUAUGCUAGCGGGUGAAAUAAAGAAAAUAAUCAUCGAGAAACUCAAAGAAUCCAAGUACUUUUCUGUGAUACUUGAUUGCACUCCAGAUUUGAGUCACGAAGAACAAAUUUCUAUAAUAUUGAGGUGUGUUGAUAUUUCAGCAAGUCCAGCGAAGCUUGAUAUCGAUAAUAUAAGGCGUCAAGGAUAUGAUAAUGGUGCUAACAUGAAAGGAAAACAUAAAGGGGCUACUUGUUGUACAAAGGCUAAAUCUUUCUUUGGAGUGGUGCAACGUAUAUACACUUUAUUUUCAUCAUCUACUAAAAGAUGUAAAUUUUUUAAAGAUAAUGUAAAUGACCUUACUCUUAAGCCUUUGUCUCAAACACGUUGGGAAAGUCAUGUUGAAAGUAUUAGAGCAAUAAGAUCUCAAGCUCCACAAAUAAGAAAUACUCUACUUGAAUUGGCAAGAGUUGAUGAUCCUAAGACAAAAAGUGAGGUGGAGUGUUUGGCAACAUAUGAAAUAGAGAAUUUUGAAUUCUUACUUGAGAUGGUUAUUUGCUAUAGAGAAACUGGGUUUGAAUCGGCCGUGAUUGAUGCUAAAAAGAUUGCAAGUGAAUUAGACAUUGGACUGAUAUUUCGUGAAAAAAAAGUUAUACAUAGAAAGAAGCAGUUUGAUGAGAUUUCUUGUGAAGAGAUGACAGAAAUAGUUGAAGAAUCUUUCAGGGCCAAUUAUUUCUUAUAUGUAGUAGAUCAAGCUCUAUCAUUGCUUCAAAAUAGAUUUAAACAAUUUCAGGAAUAUGAUAAUAUUUUGGGAUUUUUAUUUGAUUUGGAAAAGCUUAAAUCCAUUGAUGAUGCUACAUUUAAGCCCUGUUGCAUUAAUCUUGAAAAUUAG